AUGGGCACUCGCGGGGCCUACGCGCUGGUGGACACCACGCCCGCCAAGACCAUCCUGGUGUACCGCAACGGGGACCAGUUCUUCGUGGGCCGCAAGUUCGUGCUGGCGCGGCGGCGCGUGACCACUUUCGAGGCGCUGCUGGAGCAGCUGACGGAGCAGGUGGAGGUGCCGGUGGGUGUGCGGCGCCUGUACACACCCACGCGUGGGAGUCAGGUGCUCGAGUUGGAGGCGCUGCAGUCCGGCGGCAAGUACGUGGCCGCAGGCCGCGAGCCCUUCAAGAAGCUCGAUUAUAUUCAUAUAGUUCCCAGAAAACCUGAAAAGAUGAGAAAGUUGAAGGAAAUCAAACCGGUGGUACACUGUGAUAUCAGUGUGCCUUCCAGGUGGCAAACGUGUCAUCGUCUGUGCCGACACAUAAAUGUUUUCACAAAUGGACAAUUAUUUACUCCACCCGUACGGAUUAUCAUACCCAAGUUCAGUCUGAUGGAAUGGAAUAACGUGCUGGCCACGAUUGGAGAGAAGGUCUUCCCUCUGGGGGGCGUGCGAAAAUUGUUUACAAUGAACGGGCACAUUUUGGACAACUCAAAGGAUUUGCAAGACAACCAUUUUUAUGUGGCGGCAGGACUGGAGACCUUCAAAUACUUCCCUUACUGGCAGUGCCCCAAGGUCCCCACUGAGGUCCAACAAAAGUACAUGGACAUCGAGAAAUACUCACAAAGAAAGAAAAAAGGGGACCCCAAAGGAAAAGAACCUCACAGACAGGACGGCACUGCACCUAAAGCACAGGAUUCUGUCUUUUACGCCAAAGAAGAAAAGAAGGAAACAGUGGGAGAGCCUUUAGUCCACAGCGGUGCAGAAGAUGACGUGUAUAAAGCCCAGACUCCUAACAUGGAAACCCAAGGGGCACCAGAAGUUAAGGAGGCCCAGGACGUGCAGGUGGAGGUGCCUGUGGACCAGGUACCAGCUGAGACAGUUAAAGAAGAUGACCAGAUACUCAGUAACGACCCUGGUUCUGAAAGCAACAAGAAGGCCGAUUGCUUUGUGAUGUUAGGUGUUCUGGUCACCGGGUACAAGAGGGCAGACAUGUGCAGCUCUGUGAGGUCCACACUCCAUCUGCUUCCAGCAUGA